AUGCCGGCAAAAGCUAACGGUGUCGGCGUUCAGGUCGAAGAUACCAAGAUAUGUGUCGUCAUGGUGGGCUUGCCCGCCAGAGGCAAAAGCUAUAUUGCACAGAUUGCCCAACGCUACCUCCAGUGGCUCUCCAUCACAGCCCAGACCUUCAACGUCGGCAAUUACCGGCGCAACGAUGCGCCACAUCCGACCGCCGACUUUUUCGACUUUAACAAUGCAGAGGGCGAGCGAAAGCGCCGUGCCGCCGCCGAGGCCGCCGUCGCCGACAUGCUGCGCUGGUUCCGCUCCGGCGGCGUCGUUGGCAUUCUCGACGCAACCAAUUCCACAAAGGACCGCCGCAAAUGGGUCCACGACAUCUGCACGGAUAACGGCAUCGAAGUCCUUUUUGUUGAAAGCCUAUGCGACCAGGAGGAGGUCAUUAUGGCCAACAUUCUUGAUGUCAAGACCUCCAGCCCCGACUACAAGGAUCAGGACCCGGAUGAGGCGGCCAACGACUUUCGCCGGCGCAUCAGCCAGUACGAAAAAGUGUACAAAACGAUUGAUGGCGACGCCGAUGAGGGCGACUACACAUAUCUCAAAAUAAUGAACAUUGGCAAGCAGGUCAUCAUCAACCGCAUCCAAGAUUACUUGCAGAGUCGCAUUGUAUACUACCUCAUGAACCUGCACAUCCGUCCACGCUCCGUAUGGCUAUCCAGACACGGGGAAUCACUGUACAACCUUGACGGCCGAAUCGGCGGUGAUACAAUGCUCUCGCCUCGCGGCCAGCUGUAUGCAAAGAAGCUCCCCGAGCUAGUUCGCGAGUCAGUAGGGGAUGACCGCCCCCUGACGGUCUGGACAUCGACACUGAAGCGUACUAUUGCUACCGCGCGCUGGCUACCCGUGCACUACAAUCAGCUACAGUGGAAGGCCCUCGAUGAGCUCGACUCGGGCGUCUGCGACGGGCUCACCUACCAGGAGAUCAAGGACCGCUAUCCGGAGGAUUUUGUGGCGCGCGACGAUGACAAGUACAAUUACCGCUACCCGGCGGGUGAGUCGUACCGCGACGUUGUAAUCCGCCUCGAGCCCAUCAUCAUGGAGCUCGAGCGCAGCGAAGACAUUCUCAUUGUCACGCACCAGGCAGUCCUGCGCUGCAUCUACGCCUACUUUAUGAAGAAGGAUCAGGCAAAGAGCCCCUGGAUGAACGUGCCCCUGCACACCCUCAUCAAACUUACGCCUCGCGCGUACGGCACCGAGGAGAUUCGUUAUGAGGCCAACAUUCCUGCCGUCAGCACCUGGCGCGGCAAGGGCAGCACGGCCAAGCACGAGGCCCCUACGGGCGAUACAAUGUAA